AUGGAUGGUCGAAUGUGGAAUGAGACCGAGAAACGUUGGAACGGACCAACGGUAAGAAUACAACGUGCGGGAAUCCGCAGUCGGAAGGAACAGAAAGGGAAAGCCACAUUGGUGGCACGAGUCAGACCGAGUCAUAGGUGCAGGACCACAUUGGUGGUCGAAUCAUUGGAGGAACGUGCGUGCACGUGCAUAGAGGCGGACAAUGCGAGGGACGGGAACGGUCCCGAGGAUCCAGUCAACGGAAAGUUGGUAAAGGAGGACGAGCCGGUAGAUGUUGAACUUCUGGAGCAGGGUUGUGGCCAGCAGUGGUCGCUGGCCUCUCGACUCAGGACUCCAGUUGAAGACCUCGAGUCAGCAAAUCCAACACUGGCGCACAAUUACUUGGAGCUGAGCAAACUCGUUUCCAAUGCAGCCCAGAGUUCUGCAAUGAUCACUGACAGAGCUGCCACUGAUCAGGAGGAAAUAGAGUAUAGAAUACUUACAAGGCAAUGGGAAGCUGCGGUGGCCGAGAUACGCAAUCUUCCUGCAUUUUCGCGAUUCCUGCUUCCACCUUCGUAUGAAGACCUCCAAGCCGCAGCGUGCCAGGGCCCAGUCAUCAUCCUCAUUGCCAGUCAAUACUCGUGCAGCGCCAUUAUCGUCCCGACGUCAGGAGACCCCCAUCAUGUUCCUUUGCCAUCCAUCGCUCUCGCAGAUCUGAGUAUUCUCAAGGAUCGCUUCACCAGGGCAAUACGAGAUUCAUCUCGGAUGAACCCAGAAGAGUCGAGGACAGAUCUAAUAGUGCUCUUGCGGAUAAUAUGGGACCAGAUCAUGCUGCCCAUUGUCGACGUACUUGAGCACGUCCUCAAACUACAGCGCCGCUCUCGAAUCUGGCUGUGUCUGACUGCAGCUUUCACGUCCAUUCCUCUCCAUGCAGCUCACCCAUUUCAAACAAAGGCGGAUCGUUCUGGCAAGGAGCCAUGCCUGGAGGAUCUCUACAUCUGCUCUUACAUGCCGACACUUUCGGCUCUGAUCAGAUCUAGACAGUUGAUAAAGAAACGCAGUGUGCCACCGUCCUUUGUGGCAAUCAGACAGGGUCAACCGGGUGCAGGGAAAGGCAAGGCACUAUUGGCAGUCGACAACGAGCUUGAGCUUGUCCAUAAGCUCGUGCCUGCGAUGGCCAACCGCACCACUAUUUCUGGCGACGCAGCCACACGAGCAGGUGCACUCGAAGCCUUGCAGCAGAACACCUGGGUGCACCUCGCUUGUCAUGGCAAGCAGGAUCCUACGCAGCCUUACGAUUCGCAUUUCGUCAUGAAAGAUGAACAUCUGAUGCUGCUCGAUAUUAUGGAGAAUCAUAUUCCGCAGGCCGAGUUCGUGUUCUUAUCAGCUUGUCACACAGCUGUAGGCGAUGAGGAGACACCGGACGAAGUGAUUCACCUUGCAGCUGGUCUUCAGUUUUCAGGGUUCAAGAGCGUCGUUGGCACGCUGUGGGAGGUCGACGAUGCUGUUGCAAAACACGUUGUCAAAGCUUUUUACGGGUAUAUGAUUGGAGAUUUGAAGAAAGGUGGUGUCAUGGACUGCACGAGGGCAGCCUGGGCACUGAACUGUGCUACGCACGCGGUGAAGACGAAAGUGCCGCUGGAGCAGAGGAUGGUUUUUGUUCAUAUUGGUGUGUAGUUCUACAUCGUAUUACUACUGUCGUCUGGUACACAUUCACGAGUUGUUGAUCUUUCAUCUCGUUGGUGUACCUGGUCUCUACUUUCUUUGCAUCCCGUCUUAUACUAUUGUCAACUCUUGGAAGCAUUUUUUGUAAUUUCAUUCAUUGCUUGAAUAUUUGAAGUUCUUGAGAACCAGUUUGUUACUUGUUUUUGCAUCAGCAAGUUCCACACCCACCUACUUACCACAGAGGAUGUGUAUGUAUAUUUUGUUGCUGGGG